AUGUGUACAGCAAGUGUUUGUGGAAUAUGUCAACAUAAAUCAUGGUCAGGAUGUUCAAAUUCAGAUCCAAAUCAUAUUAAAAAAAUAAUGAAUACAAGUUCAAAAUCAGAUUGGUGUUCAUGUUUACCAUUUGAUGAAGAUGAUGCUGUUUUUAUAGAUGGUACUUCAUAUCCUCCAAGAGCUGGUUGUGGUUAUAGAAGAGCAAGUGAUUCAAGUAUUAAUAAAUAG